CCAAUGAGCGUGUAGCGGCGUGAGGGAAUCUCGGCGCGGCGGUUGAUUUCCCCUUUUGCGGAGCGCUUCGCUGCGGUACCAACGAGCCCGGCUGCUCCCUUCUCCCGGGACCAUGGCGCUGACCUGUAGUUGACGUUUGUUUCUUCCCUCCCAUCUUCUUCUGCUUCUUUCCCUCCCUCUCUGUCUCCUCCUCCGGGUCCCGGCUCGGACCAGCGGCCGCUCCCGGACCCCCUGUCCGCUCCGUCUCCCCCCAUAGGAACAACAGGCUGUAAGGGACGCGCGGGCGGCUUGCUGCCGCACCAUGAACAUCAGCAUCGGCAUCGGCGGGGUCACCAAUGGAGGCAAGACCACGCUGACCCACAAGCUCAUGCAGGCCCUGCCCAACUGCGGGGUGGUGCAUCAGGAUGACUUCUUCAAGCCCCAGGACGAUAUAGAAGUUGAAGAUGGAUUUAAACAGUACGAUGUUCUUAGUGCCUUGGAUAUGGAAGCUAUGAUGAGUACCAUCAAUGCUUGGAUGAAAAACCCAAUUAAGUUUGAACGCUCACAUGGCAUCAAUAACACCUUGGAUGCCAAAAUACUACAGUAUUCAGAAGAGAGAGAUGAAACAAUCCAUAUUCUUAUUGUAGAAGGCUUUCUUCUUUACACUUACAGACCAUUGAUUGAGAUAUUCAACCAUCGGUACUUUCUUUCCAUUCCAUAUGAAGAAUGCAAGAGGAGGAGGAGUUCAAGGAACUACACUGUACCAGAUCCUCCUGGAUUGUUUGAUGGCCAUGUCUGGCCCAUGUACGUGAAACAUAAGAAAAUAAUGGAAGACCUCAAAGUUGAUGUGGUUCCGUUGGAUGGAACAAAAUCAAAGGAGGAGCUGUUUAAUGAAGUUUAUGAACAGAUCCAGAACAAGAUUGAGAAACUGCUGAUUAUACAGCUAUCAAUCACAUCUAAGUCUAGAAGCUGCAGCUCUUGGCUGUCAGUCAUCUCAAACUUCUUCCUAUUAGCCCAAGCUGACAACUGGAAAUGAAGGGUGCUCUAUUGGUGAGGAUGCUAAUGUGGGCACCAUGAGAUCCAAAUUCAAGUCUCUUCUCCAUGACAGACUGAUGCUGGGCAAAGUCACCUAAUCUUUGUUCUUCACCUCAAAGGACUAUUGAGAGGCUCAUAUUCUGGUGUAAGUACUAUAGCUAGAACUCUAUCCUUAUCGUCUCCUAGGGUUGCAACGGCUGUCAUUCUGGUCUUAGCUCUCCUUCCCUCCUAUGACAGGUUUCAGAGUAACAGCUGUGUUAGUUUGUAUUUGCAAAAAGAAAAUGAGUACUUGUGGCACCUUAGACUAACCAAUUU